AUGUCAACAGGUAUUCGCAUUGUUUUGGUGGGUAAAACUGGCGUUGGCAAGAGCGCCACAGGAAACACCAUUCUUGGUGAGAAGAUGUUCAGAUCAGAGCCAAGAGCUACAUCGGUCACUGUACAGUGCAUAUCUGGAAAACAGAUGAUAAAUAGCAGAGAGGUGCUUGUUGUGGACACUCCAGGUCUAUACGACACAAACAUGUCUAAUGAUGAAGUGGUAAAAGAGAUUGUUAAAUGCAUCACUUAUGCGGCUCCAGGUCCUCAUGUCUUCCUUCUUGUACUUUCCAUCGGGCGCUUCACUGAAGAGGAAAAAAACACAGUUGCACUUAUCCAGAAAGUGUUUGGUGCGGGGGCUAACAAACACAUGAUGAUCUUGUUCACCAAGGCAGAUGAUCUUGAAGACAGGACAAUUGAUGAGUAUAUUAAUGAGGCUCCAGAGCUAAAUGAAGUGAUUAAAGCAUGCAAGGGAAAAUACCAUGCAUUUAACAACAGAGAGAAGUCAAAUCGUUCACAAGUUGAUCAGCUCAUGAGGAAGAUUGAAGUCAUGAUAAAACACAAUCAAAACAGCUACUACAACUACCACAUGUUUCAGCUGGCUAAUGAGCUCAACAAUACUAAGAAAACUGUAAAAGAAAAAGAUGAAAUCAUUGCUGAACUAGAAAAUAAAGUAAAAGCACUUCAAAAAGAAAUAGGCAAUUCAUUUUGUACCAUAGCAUAA